UCUGGCUCUGGGUCCAGAGACUCUGACUGCGCUAAGUGCUGCCAGCUGCGCCAUAAAGACGGCGUCUCAUGCGAGAUAGCAGCCUCUGCCGAUUCGAUCCAGAGAGAUGAGGGAAUGGAUUCAAGCACCGUCGGCACAGCAACCGAAGCCGGAUCAGUUCUGUCAAUCGAACAACGUCAGAUGAAAUUUGGUCUCACCUGGGAAGAUGCACAACAAUACUGCAGAGAAAAAAACUUGGACUUGGCCACUAUCUACAACCAGGCACAUGCAGACAGCCUGAACCUGACGGAGUAUAACGCCUGGAUUGGUCUAAAAAAAUCAGCAAACCAGUGGGAGUGGAUCAAUGGAGGAGAUUAUCAGAUCAAAUGGGACCCAAAUCAAGAAAAUGAUAAUAAUGAAAACUGCGCUGUGAUCAGCUACAACAAAAAAAUGAUUUAUAGCAGACACUGUGAAACAAAAUCAUUUGCUGCGUGUCAGAAUUCAAACAACGGCUCUAUAACCAUGAUUCAGCAGAUGAUGACCUGGUCUGACGCGGAGGAGCACUGCGAGGAUAUCAAUCAGAGACUGGCAACUUUUACACAGGACAAAAUGACGCUUUUCAGUGAGCAAGACUUUCCCAUAUGGAUCGGACUUCGCAGAAAUGACAACUCAUGGAAAUGGAGUUCAGGCCUCAAGGAGGACAAACGCUGGAACUUAGAUUCGAAUGGCAACAAGAAAUGUGUAACCAUCACUUCAAUAACAAAGAAGCUGGUUGCCGAAGACUGCCAGACCCUUCAUCCGUCCUUCUGCACAGACAACGUGAUUCUGGUGAAGCAGAAUAAGAGCUGGGAGGAGGCGUUGGAGUACUGCCUGAGCCUGGGGGCCAACAGCAACCUUUCCUUCAAUCUGCUCAGCCUGAAGCCUGGAGAGAAACCCAAAUAUAUGGACAACAGAAUGAAGGAGGCUGACACCGAAGAGGUCUGGACUGGUCUGCGUUUCCUGGGAGAUGAAUGGCUGUGGACAGACAGGAAAGCUAUGUUGUUCCCUGGCCUGCUGAAUUGCCCCCCCAAGGGGCAACGCUGUGGGGCCAUACUUAAGGGUAACAGCAACAUCCUACUGGCCAGAGACUGCCUGGAGAGAAAAAACUUCCUCUGUUACAGCUACUAAUGUCACCAAAAUCUUCUAAAGUCCUGAGUCUCUGCAGCAAACAUCCUGCAGAAAUGUCCAGCCAUCGACUUGAAACUCUGGAUUCCUAACAUGAGUUAACAGAAACAUGCAUAACUACAUAUAUAAGUUAUUAGGUGCUAGUCUUUAUUUGAAAGUUAAAUAAUCUGUCAGAGUUAGAGUGACUGACUGACAGGAUUUUGCUGAUAGAAAUUUAAGGCAACCAAAAUGCUGAACUGUCCUUAGAAAGUAUUCUGCAUGUGCUUUAAUUUGUUGUUUAAGUUUUAAAAAAUGUCUUUAUCUUUGGAGAAAGUGGCUAAAACUGUUUAAGUGUGUGAAGAAGUUGCUGUGGUCAUCAUGAUUUCUUUAAAAAAAGAAUAAAAAUGACUCUUUCAUCACACCUUUUCUAACAGUCAGUAGUUAAAAAAUAAAUGUAUUUAAAGACUUUAAAAUCAUUAUAGAUUCAAUCAUGAAAUAAAUGUGAUUAAUAAGUGA